UGCCACUGUUGCUCCCCAUGCUUCUUCGCCGAUUCACUGCCGCCGCCGCUACCUCCCGUGUGUCCAUCGCGAGCUUCUCCUCGCGCGCCGGAGCCUCUCUUGUGAAGGAACUGACAGAGCAUGCCGAGUAUGAACAAUUGAUUGCUCGCCCGGAUGCCAAGAGUGUUGUGUACUUCACGGCCUCGUGGUGCGGCCCGUGCAAGAUGAUUUCGCCCGUUUACGCGGAACUGAGCAACAUGAACACGGACGUGUCGUUUGCGAAGGUUGAUGUCGACGAAAUGGACCACACAGCCCACGUCGCCGGUGUCCGGUCCAUGCCUACCUUCCAGUUCUACUCGAACGGUCAGUUGCAAAAGUCGCUCGGGUUUUCGGGAGCUGACCCCAACUUGCUCGCGCAGAGCGUGGCCAAGCUCAAGAGUUUGUAACAUCGUGCAUUUUCAGCGCAGGAUCACUAAGUUGGAAAAGGAUAUCAUGUCUAGCUUGCGAUGACUGCGUGGGAAGCAACACAACACAUCACCCCGAACAUGUCAGUCUCGUUUGAGUUACGUGUGCCAUCUCAUGGCUGUAAAAGAUGCUUCACGC